UUUUCGAAAAUUCUAAACCUGAUUUAAAAAGUUUAAAUCCGGUUUUUAAGGUUACAAUAUCAGUGACUCAGCUCAAGUGUGCAAUAAAUUUCGUCAAGUGAGUUUAUUACAACCAAUUAACUGUGCAGCAGAUUGAAGUGCGUGUAAGAUAAUAAGUUAAUAUUAUAAUGGGCGGUAUCACUGUUACUUUACCAAGUGAAUAUGGAUACGUUGUUUUAACAUUUUUCUUGAGCAUUGUUAUGCUAACGUACUUUACAUUUAAAGUUGUUAUGGCAAGAAAGAAGUAUAACAUUCAGUAUCCUACUUUGUAUGCCAAUGAUGAUCAUAAAGAAGGAAAAAUAUUCAACUGCUAUCAAAGAGUCCAUCAAAAUACACUUGAAGUUUAUACUCAAACUAUGCUUUGCCUUCUUAUCGGAGGAAUCCAACACCCGAUCAUUUCAUCGGUGUCUGGAGUUGUUUGGAUUAUAUCUAGAAUAGUAUAUGCUCAAGGAUAUUAUACUGGCAUACCAGCAAAACGAGUGUGGGGAAGCUUUGGUUAUAUCUUUCUAUUUACUAUGUAUGGCACCACAAUAUCAUUCGCGUUGCAUCUUCUUCAGCUAGUCUGAAAAGAUUUUUUGUUAUUAAAAAUUUAUUUCUCUUAUAUUUUGAUGUAUUAGUAUUUUUACUAAAUUGCUGUAUUAAUAUUUUUACUAAAUAUGACGAUUUUUUUUCUUAA